AUGUUGAGGUGAGUUUUUAAAUUAUUUUUUUGAAAAACAUUUUUUUCUAUUCAGAAAAAAAAUCAUAGAACCAUUUUUUUUCUAAUUCACGACAGCAAGAAAUGUAGGAAAACAAUAUAAAAGUUUUUUUCUGAAAUGUGUUUUUCUGUCCAAUGAAACAAAAGAAUUAUCUACACCAUCUAUUAUUAGUGAAAAACUCAUUUUUUUCGGAAAGCAAACAAUUUUAUGUCAACAAAAAUGACCAGCCUAUGUAGUUCUAUCUUCAAUAUCACUGCUCGCGCCCAUCAUGACCCGAUAGGAACACUUGACUUGACCGGAUUUUGUCCCCCAUGUUUUUAGCUGGCUGCCAUUGUCAAGUGGUUCCUCGUGUCGUGAUUUUGAAUGUUAACAAAUACACGUUUCUGGUUCUAUGAUCUAGAAAAAAGAUAGUGAUCUUAAAAAUGAUAUGAUUUUUUUCAGCUCACGAGUUUUGUUAUCAUUAACAUUGGUGGCAUUGAUCGGCGCUGAGAACGUUGCCGAACAACAACAAAAUGAUCAGAUUCCUGCGUGGUAUCAAAUGUCCAAGCCAGCAACAGGUGGAUCGCAAAGAGUCGCAUCCGCCGGAGGAGUUCCAGUAGCACAAGCAUCUCCAUCGUACUACGAACGAAUUGAAGCACCGACGUACGAGACAAGAAGAGAGCAACCUGGUUAUGAACGACCAGGGAUUCAGACCAAUCAGUACGCCAAGUGAGUUGUUUUUUAAUCAGAUUUAUUUUAACCUCGUGGAAUUUCAGCUAUCCAACCUAUCAAAAUCGUCAACCGUAUGAGAAUUUGAAUGCUUUGACCGCUGGCGCCUCGCUUUCAAACUUGCAACAAGCCGCUGGACGUCGUUAUCCAUCAAGUGUUCCAAUUCAAGCAGCCGGCAAUGAUGUGAGUAGUAGACCGAUCUUGGCUCUGCAGCCUUAUCACACUUCACUCCCAUCACAGCAUCCAGGUCGUGUAGUUUGGUACACAAGUAGUAAACGCACCAGUCCUUAUAAUCAUUUAGCUCUUACCACCCCACAGAGUGUUGUUGUUGUUGAGAAUCAUAAUUCACCACCUGAACGCGUAGUUUUCAUGUCACCUCAAACACGCAAACGCAUUAGUGAUCUGUAUCAGCAGAUGCGAGCGUUCUAUUAUUUCAACGAGUUUAUCGGUUGGAAUAACAUGAAAAGCAUUUUCUUGAAUCGACUUUAUCAUCAUCGCCGUGUUUGAGUAUGUAGUCUAAGUUUGUUUGUUUCUGCAUCCAUCCAUCCAGUAUUUUACCCCCCCCCCCCCAACGAGUUAAUUUACCAUUUUCCCCCCGGUGUCUAACCCGACAAUUUAAUCAUGCAUUUUGUUGUGAUAAAUUGUUUGAUCAUCUUGUGUUUUAUUUUUGGAAAUUGCAUCGAAAAAAUUUCAGAAUCUAUCAAUAAAAAAUAAACACAAGAUAGUCAAACAUGCAUGUACACUAACCAUUUUUGUUAAUAAACUCCCGGGCCGCCUCUUUCUAUCGCUUUUGUUUUCUAGAAUCAAUCGGCUGUCAAACGCUAUCACAAACUUUUACUCAAACGUAGACAAUGGACAACAAAAAUCCCAAGAGUUCUCGCUAAAUCAACAACAUCUCCUGAAACAACAACAACAACUUCGGAACCAAUCACAACUCCAAAAAUGCCGAAAUCAUUGAAGAGCAUUUAUUCCACAAUUGUGCCAAAGAAGAAGGAAGAAGGGCCGACAACAACCAGAAAAGUUGUGCGAGCGAGUACGAGAGCACCGAUGGCUAGAACUUUUAAACCAUAUGGAACUCGUAAGGGAUGGAGAAUGUGGAAGAAAGCUACAACAGCUCAACCUUCAACAACACAAGAAUCGACGACGACUGAAGUUCCAACAACCACUCCAGAAGAGCUCUCUACAACCACAGAAGAAGUGACCACGCAAGAAAUUUUGACAACUGAGGAGCCAACAACUUCUACUACAGAAGAAUAUACCACCUUAGCCACUAGUUCAACUACUGAAGAACCAACAACAACUGAAGAGAUCACAAGCACCACUGAAAAAGAAGUGAUAGUAACGACAGAAGAUCUAAUUGAAACUUCAACGGAGAUCAGCACAACAACAACAUCAACAAAUGAAGAGGACGGAUCAACGACGACAACAACGACGACGACACACGGACCAUUAAGGUAUAUUUGCCGACAUAGAGCGGGACCGAACGAAUCGGGCCCGUUCGCCGAACGACACCUUCAAACGACACAGGGACCAUUUAGGCCGAUCGUCGUUGGAACGCACAGUUGGAAACCGUUGCGAUUCAAAAAACCGCAAAACGUCACCGACUUGUCGACAGCGCCAAAAGGGUUGAAACUUCUUGAAUAUCUUUUGGUGGGCACUUUCUCUUCUUUUUUGUUUCUUUUCAUUAUUCACACUCUCUCUCUCUCUCGUUUAUCCGGUAUUGUUUUGGGGGUGAAAAAAACAUGGUGGAGGGAACAACAUUGUGGGGUUUGAUUUUUGCAGACCCGUACUGACGCAUUUGCCAGAGGACUGAAAAGAGCGUUCAAGGGCGUAAGUUUAGAGUCCUACUAGAGUUCCUAAUAUUUUUCCUCAACUAAUUCAAACAAACAGAACUUGAAGAUUGAAUUUAGGGUUGAGCAAAUUCUACCAGCGCACGCUUACCGAUAAACAAAACGCGCUAAUACUUACGUUUGCGUACACAUCUACCCAAAAACACACCUAUACCAUCAGAAAAAUCAUUCAAAAAUGUAUCACACGCACAACUAAUCCAAUUUCAGCCAAACACAGAACUCUUGGCCGCAAUCAAGGAUGUCGUCGCAAAAUUCAAGGUAAAUAGAGACUUCUUCCAAAUCCAAAAAGAAUAUUCCGAAUCUAUCUUCUUUCUCAUUUUAUUUUCAAUACAAAAUUCAGGCUAGCCUUGAUGAAGCCGGCAUCGAUCAAGACGUUCGUCAAAUGGGAAAUCAAUUGAAAAAUACCUGGCAACAAUUGAGGACAGGUACGCAUCAACAAGGUCACUUUUUUCACGAUAAGUUUAUCCCCAUUUCCCCACGAUCUCAUCACCGAAAAUCCCCUUAAACACUAACUCAUGCGCACUCUAACAAAUAUUACAGGACUUGAUAGAGGAAUUAAUGCAGUACGUAAAAGCGCGGAAACUUCAAUGAGUCACUUCCAAUACGGUGCCGCUGAACGUGAACGUGAACGUCAACCACCAGUUCAACCAGUACCAAUGCCAGUUCACAUUCCAUACCAACAACAUUAUCAAUAUCCAGUCACCGCCUCAUCAAAUGCUUAUACCCCUGGUCAUUUUUUAUAAUUAGUUUUCCCUUGAUUUUUAACAUUUUCAGUUAUCAACAGAUUGUUUCCCCAAAAUUUCUAGAGAAAACAAUAUUAAAAUUUUCAGGCCCGAUGAACGAGCAACUAGGUAAAUUGUUCGAAAAAGCCGUAGCCGAUGCGGCCGAAUCGAAACAACAAACUAGAAACAAUCAAUAAACUAUUUCAUCAUUCCUAAUUUCAAAAACAGUGAGUUAGAUCUAUGAAUCAACAAGUUCAAUCUCAAUAUUUUCUAGAUUCUUCGAUUGCAAGUCAAGCAGUCUGCCAACAGUACGUACACAUUGUACAUGACAAUUUUUUUGUGACCAAAAGUAUAAAAUUUUCAUUUUUCAUGUGGCUUAUUUUUCGUUUGAUAUAUUUUCAGAAAAAUACGAUUUUCAGAGAAAAUCUUUGUCCGAGAGAAGUUAGUUGA